UCACUAACUCCACGUUAUGAAUCAACUUCAAAAUGUCCCCAAAUUAGUUGAAAACUAAAACAAACGCGCUUUUUUACUUUGCUGUUUGCUGAAACUUUGUUGGUUUCUUGAAGGAUAUUUCGACAGAGAAAAUGCCAGAGAUACAGUUGGGUGCUCACACUUUAAGGUCCCAUGGGGUUCAAGUUGCAAGGACUCACAUGCAUGACUGGCUUAUUCUUUUGCUUCUUGUUGUCAUAGAGGCCAUCUUAAAUGUUAUAGAACCAUUUCAUCGAUUUGUUGGAGAGGAUAUGAUGACUGACCUGAGAUACCCCUUGCAAGACAACACUGUUCCCUUUUGGGCCGUUCCUAUGCUCGCGAUAAUACUUCCGUUUUUUGUCAUUAUUGUCUACUACUUCAUCAGAAGGGAUGUUUAUGAUCUACACCAUGCCAUACUGGGCCUUCUGUUUUCUGUUCUUAUAACCGGUGUUAUAACCGAUGCUAUUAAAGAUGCUGUAGGUCGACCUCGUCCAGACUUCUUUUGGCGCUGUUUCCCUGAUGGGAAAGGAGUGUUUGACCCUGUGACAAAAGAUGUUAUGUGUACAGGAGUAAAGAGUGUCAUUAAGGAAGGACACAAAAGUUUCCCCAGUGGCCACACUUCAUGGUCCUUCGCAGGUCUUGGUUUUCUUGCAUUGUACUUAUCAGGAAAAAUUCAAGUAUUUGAUCGUCGGGGCCAUGUUGCAAAGCUAUGUAUUGUCUUCCUACCAUUACUUGUUGCUGCUUUGGUGGGAAUUUCUCGAGUCGAUGAUUAUUGGCAUCACUGGCAAGAUGUUUUUGCCGGGGCUCUUUUAGGGAUCACAGUUUCAUCAUUUUGUUACUUGCAAUUCUUUCCACCUCCAUAUGAUGUAGAUGGGUGGGGACCUCAUGCAUAUUUUCAGAUGUUGGCAGAGUCCCGAAAUGGCAACACCAUCAUCAAUGGUUCAAAUUUACAACAAUCAGAGCUGGAGAGUGUACGCGUUGAUGGCUGGGAAUUGUCACGACCCAAUUCUCACGACUCUUUUGACAGACACACCGGGUUGAGGAGCUAUUGAUGUACUGAAUUUUCUGUCAAGUGUAAACUUUUAGACAUUAUCUACUAUAUAUAUGUAAUGGUGUCUGAGAUUAAAACCAA